AGAAGAGCCAUUCCUCUGCACCGCAUCAUGGCCCCGGAGAAGAAGGAUGGCUCGGGCCAUCUGGGCCCAGAGUCUACCAUGCCGGACCCUCCUUCCAUCCAUCCUUCUUUCAUCCAGGUAGCUAAGCCGUAUAUCUUCGAGCAGACCAUUCAGAACUGUAUUGCGGCCAUGGGGGUUAAUCCUCUGCGCGAGGAAGCUUUGCGUCUACAGGGCGUAACUUGGAUUGACAAUGUGCGCAAGGCGCUUCAUCUACCUAUCCGAACUUUUAAUACGGCCGUGGUGUAUUAUCACAAGUUUCGGCUGGUGCACCCCGAUAAUGAAUAUAACUAUAUGGAUGCCGCUGCGGCUGCUUUGUUUACUGCCUGCAAGAUCGAGGAUACCCUCAAAAAGUCACGGGAGAUUGUCUGUGCCGCAUACAACCUCAAGCUCUCGCCAUCAGAGCAUAUGGCCCCCGACGAUCCGGUUUUCGAGGUCCACGCUAGGGGUAUCAUCGGGCUCGAGAGACUCAUGCUCGAGGCUUCAGGCUUUGAUUUUCGAACACGUCAUCCGCAAAAGGUUCUGGUCAAGCUGGCUAGGAACUACGGCUUGACGUUGAAAUCGGAGGUGUCCAACGUGUCCUACCGCAUUUCGCUGGACCUUUAUCGAACUUUUGCACCCAUUAAGCAAACCACUUCAACGAUGGCAUUUAGCUGCCUUGAACUUGCUGGCCGUCUACUUGAUCAACGCCUGGAAGCUGUCGAGUCGGGAGUGGACUACGGGCAAUGGAAGACAAGUCGGGAAGAGAUCAUGGAAACUCUUUUCGAUCUCCUGGAGCUAUACACACACCAACGUGGAGCAACAUCGGUUGGGCCGCAUUUCCCCGCCGAUCGAUUUCUCACCGUCCGCAUUCCUCUGAACCAGGAGGCAGAGGCGCAAAGAUACCCCCGUCACACGCAAUGGACAGACCAGAACAAGGAUGAAAGGGCUUCCAACGGAUCGAGAGGCAUUAAGGAUUUCGGCAUGCCGGACAAGGGAGGCUUGGUUCAUCCCUUGACCCCUGUCUCUGCGAAUGGGGAGAGGCCCAGGGUCGGCGAACGAGGCCGAGACGGGGCGGUUCGCUUCAUGCUGGAUCCCGAAUGUGCCGAUUCAGAGAAGUCGCGGGUCGCCGAAUACUUCAAGGUCGAAAUGGAGGAAUACGAGGUGGAAGAAUGAAUUGUUCGACCGGGGCGGAAUGUUCGACAUUGAAUCUAAUGCAUGGCAUUUUGCUAGCGGACAUGCCAGUGGCGAUAUACGAGGCCGAUAAGCUACGUCCUUUCAGCUGGCGCUCUUCCGGUCAGGGAUGGCCACACCAAGCCGCUGCUUCAGCGCCGGCGCCAGCGAUAUCUGCAUGAGACUCCCGAGUAUAGAGCGGUACUACUGCAACGGUAGAGGCAGAGCUACGCCAAC